AUGCGCCACUACUACUACUACUACUACUACUACUACUACUACUACUACUACUACUACUACUACUACUACUACUACUACUACUACUACUACUACUACUACUACUACUACUACUACUACUACUACUACUACUACUACUACUACUACUACUACUACUACUACUACUACUGCCACCUACGAUUCUACUGCUGUUACUCUAGUGAUCUGAAUGAUUAA